CCUCCUCCUGCUCCUCCAGCAAAUAAUCCUCCUCCUCCUCCUCCCCGCGCCUGCCCAUGCCGUUGCCUUCUUCUUCUGCUUCUUCUCUCUGUCCAUGACUAUGAUCGCAAUCAUCAUCCUCAAUAUUCCUAUUCCUCGACCAAAUCAAAAAUCAAAAACAAAUCCCCCCCUUUUCCAUCCCUCUACUUUAAUCAACUCCGCAACCGCUACUUCUCGCUUCCUGCUACUACAACUGUUACACCACUGUUAACUCCUAUUACUACUACUACUACCGGUACUAUAGUUAUUGUAAUAAGUAGUAGUAAUAAAUACCUAAUAAAAUUUCACCUUUUUCGCCAACUCUUCCUAUUCUGUUCUCUUGUACAGCUGAUCCCCCCUCCGCACAAACCCCACUUCCCCUUCUUUUGACCUACUCCUCCUCCUCCUCCUCCUCCGGCCUUUUUCCACCUCAGUUUUAGUUUUUCUUUUUUCUUUUUUCCCCCACCCCUGAUUUGGCACCCCCCUUUUCUUUUCCCCUUUUCCCCACGCACAGCUCUCUCUGCGUUCUAUAGACACUACUGUUUCUUCAACUGAUCGAAUAUUCAACGGCUUUGUUGGGUUUAAUUUGGAGGGGUUUAUGUAGGGGUUUUUUUUUUUUGCCCUUUUUCCUGUUUUGAUUGAUGUCAAAAAUGUUUAUCUCAGGACCUAUCUGGUCGAGACUUUUUAAGUCUAAUAGUCAUGGUUAGUACAUAGAAGUAGUAGUAGUAGUAGUAUCACUCGUAAUCAUUUCCAACGCUGCUUUUCCUAAAUUAAGAUUAUAUUUUCAUACUCUUCGUUCUCCGAAUCUUCUCCUCCCUGUUCUCUCUCUCUCUUGCUCUCUCCCUGGUGGAAUCCAAUCAAACCCUCUCUCUCUCUCACCCCUUCAAAAUAAAAGGAAACACAAAUUCCCCCUUUUGGGUUUCUUUUCUUGAUUGUCAUAUUCAAUGGCGUAUCAGCAGCAGCAGCCCCCACCCCCGGUUCCGGGUCCGGGCUCGGGUUCCAGCUCGGGUUCUGGGCUUCAAUUUCUCAAUUCUCCGUUUGGGGACACCACUUUCACAAAGGUCUUUGUUGGAGGCCUGGCCUGGGAGACUCAGAGCGAUACCAUGCGUCGCUACUUUGAGCAGUUUGGUGAGAUUCUUGAAGCUGUUGUUAUCACCGAUAAGAAUACUGGCCGAUCCAAAGGCUACGGCUUCGUGACUUUCCGGGACCCUGAAUCAGCUAGGAGGGCAUGUGCCGAUCCAACACCAAUUAUUGAUGGUAGGCGUGCUAAUUGUAAUUUGGCUUCAUUGGGGCGACCUCGGCCUGCUUUGCCCUUUGUGUGUUAUUUUAUGCUUCUACUGGUCACAGGACGGCUUAGAUCACCAACACCUUACCUUGGAGGUCUUCCAGCUAAUAGAGGCGCCUAUGUUGGAAGUUUUGGGUAUCAGCAACCAGUUUCUUAUGGCUAUCAACAAGGCUUGAUGUAUUCUCCAUUUGGGUAUGCAACAUACAGUCCAGAUUAUGUCUAUCCUCAGGGUGUUUACAAUCCUUAUGGGGGGCAGCAGUACGUUCACGUAUAUGGUCUGCCUGGGACUGUUAAUACAACUAUGUAUCCUUACAGCCAGAUGGGUCAGACAGUUCCUGGGAGUCAUAGUUAUGCAGCAUUGCAGGGGUAUACAGUGCCCAAUCAUCAGCUUGUGCAGUUUGGGGGGCCUAGCGUCAAUGCUAUGACUACAUCAUCUAUACCAACAAUUCAGGCCCCCUAUCCAACAGGUAUUGCAUCACCUGUUCCACCACAGCCUCAGUUUCUACUUCCUGCUCAUACUCCUCAGUUCAUGCAAGGUAGCGGAUCUGACCAAAAUGCAGGGUGAGGGGUUUAUAAAGUUACCCUUAGAUUGCAGCAGGACUAAGAGCAGCAGUACUGCUACUUGAGUGGCGGGCUUCGUAUCUAGCCUUGCAAAUUAAUCAUUUUGCAUUCUAGAGGUCAUAUGUAAUCAUGCUCACCAGAGAAGUUAAAUGUUGGGAGUCGCUCACCAAUGGUGGAGAGAGGACCUGGAAGAUGCACAUAGCAGCUCUUUCAGCAUCAGCAUAUCAGCAUCAGCGUCAUGUAUGUAAACUGUUGCAUCCUGUCAGUGGAAGGGAUGACUGGCAGAGAGGCAUCACCAACCAAAAUCAAGGGAUAUGCUGCUGGAAUUGGUUUCCAGCGCGCCCGAGUAGUAGGGAAUAAUAAACCCAUGUAAAAAAGAAAAAAAAGAAGAAGCAGUGUAGUAGCAUUGUGGUAGAAUCAACAUAUGAUUCUUUGCUAGUCAGAAAAAAGAGUCCCAGCAUUUUGGGUCUGUAGAUAAAAGUCUGUGGUGUCUCCAAAGUCCCAUACAAUAUGGGGGUGGGGGUGGGGGUGGGUGCGGGUGCAUCGUGCAUUGGAUGCAAAAAAAGAGUCGGUGUCCCGAGUCUUUCUUGUGCAUAAUAACUAUAUAUAUAUAGUUCCGAGUCGUGCUGGACAUUAAAUUCUCUGUAAUUUGGAUUUAUUUUUAGAUGCCAGACUUCCAAGCCUGCAAUGCAUAUUGCAUGUAGACACUAUGUAUGUGGAAGCCGAGCGAGAGCGGUUGGUAUGAACUAAAAGCGCGCCUAGAGUCUCACGCUAUUGUUGGUCGGUCAUCAUGUAGGAGUGAUUAUUGGUUUUAACUUGG